AGGAAAGGACACGUUCAAGGUAUGCUUACACUUGAACCUUAGAAAAGACAGUUUCGUCGUACUCACUAUCUUCUAAGGUAGUAACUGCAAAUAUGUGCUACUGAAGCUGCGGUCCAAUACGUAGAAAUGCGUCAGCAAAGUAGAGGAAGAAGAAAUACGCUUCCCCACAAAACCACAAAACCAUUAUUCUUUGUUGCAGCCCUUCUGGUGUCAGCAUACGUUCUUACCAGACAAAGAUCGGCCAUCAAAGAUGAUCACGUCGUCGAUCCUCUGAGCCGAUGUGGAGGAGUAAAACUCGCUCGCGAUCAGAAAUGCACACGAUUACUUCACUUUCAGCGUGCCAAGGAGGGUGGCGUAGGGCACCAACUUUCGGAAUUGGUUUUUGGAUUGCAACUCGCGUCACUGUAUAACGCUUCCUUGAAAAUGAAGCCGUUUGACGAUAUCAAGUCGAAAGACUCUGGGGAUAGUUAUCGGUUCUUAAACAACAUGCUUGGUCUAAAUCGGCUCUGGGUCAACGACGAUUACGAUACCUCGAAUCUCCGCAGCACUCUAAUUUCAAAACCUGAACAUAUUCCGAGCGAGUGCGGAGUUAUUUUCGAGAGUAGAUGGAACGAAAGUUAUGGGGAAUGCCCUGGCGGUCUCAAUGGCGAGGCCAUUAAUUGCUUUCUGUCGCCAGUUCAUAGGCUGGCUUUCAGUAAGUUUGCCCCUUGUCUUCAGGACGUGGCCAAGUCUGGUACCUGGUUGAAAAAUAAACCAAUAGGAUUAGCAACUAACUCUCUGAACGUUGUUUGGCAUGUGCGUCUAGGGGAUUUGACAAAUCAAAGUGUAGAGCUACAUAGGCCAGGGGACGAAUACUACGAGAAUAUAGCGUCUUUGAUGGCGCCCACUUUUAACGCAGCAGUUGGCGUCAAACACUUUAUAAUCGGAACUUGGUGGAUGCUAAGUGAAAGUCAUCGUGACGAAUAUAAAAAGAUGUUCCGAGGUAUCAUUGAGAAACCAAUUUUCCUGGAUAUAAGUGUCGAGGAAACGUUCCUUUACUUCAUGCACGCAGAUAUCCUCAUUGGCAGUGGGAGUUCAUUUGUCAGUGUUGCGCCACUUUUUUCGUCGACUGUCGUACCCGUCAACGUUGUUCCAAAGCAUGGUUGGAACCAUUUUGCAGAAUACUAUCUUGAUGGCAUAGAUUUGGAGGUGAACAGUAUGUUCGUCACGCCGCUCCCGAUGAUUUUAAAACUGUUGAUUGCAAAGAAUAAAACGGACAAGUUAUGCUGGUCAUAAAUAUAUAGUUCUUGAAGAUGGUUCACCGAACUUGACGGAGGAGGACGUGCUGACUGUCUUCUUUUACAGGGAAGAGGCUGCCGUGGGCCAGCGUGCACGGUGGCAGCGUUACGUAAGGUCAGGCACAGCAUGGGUCGAACAAACGAAGUCGAGAAUUUCCUGAACCUGUUGGUUUAAUAUUUCUUACCAGCUGCUCAUCUACAACAAUCAUCUUUCAAGUUGCACUCAGAUUUCUUCAACUCUUCAUUGUUUUAUCAUGGCUUCGACAAAUUUGUCGUGCAUCACCAAAGUCUUGUCACUACACGCGCCAGUCAUGGCCGAGGCAUAGAAGAUCUCCAUAGUGUGCAUGAAUGAACGUUAAACGCUAUAUUG